GCCAAUCUUGAAAAGGUUGAUUCACCCACAUCACUCAUUAAAGCAACCGCUAGGAUCUCAAAGAUAUUUGGCACAUCACCACUGCCUGAGGAAACCAUUCACGUCAUUGUUCAGCGUCCAUCGCCAGGCAAGUUUAUUCCCCAUUUAGUAAUGACUGAGAAUAUAAUUGACGCAUCUAAUUUUUUUUUUUAUUUCAGAUACGACUAUAACUAUACCACUUCCCUUUCUUCGUGUCAACCCUCUCGUACAAGCACACCGACCUUUGACCAAGAUGUUUCACUUGCAUUGAAAAAAAUUGCUGCAGAGUUUUUUCAACCUGAUUCUGAUCACUCCAUGUUUCUAAAAGAAUUCGUUUCGGGUAUGUAUCAAUUGCCCGUCACGGAGAGUGGAAUUAAAGGACUACCGAGAGUUGGGAAGCGUGGACCAUCAAAGAGCCGAACAGCUCCAACACUAUUGUUUUUCGAUUUACCAACAGAAGGUCAACCCAACAAAAAUCUAAGUAUAGUGGAACAAAUUCUGGCAGACAACCCAGGAUUACGCCAUCUGCCAUAUACGGACUAUCAGGAUGCGGCAAAACCAGAACGACUAUGGAACUGCUAUCUAGGCCUUGGGGACUUUACUGUAAUGCCGGAGGGAAGGACUUGGGCUCAAACUAUAUGCAUACCAUCAUGGAGGCAUUGUCGGACCGUCCAGAUUUUUAUCUAUCCGAAAAUAAGAAGUCGAAUACGGAUAGAGUUCGUCAUCUCACUUUUGGUCUCCUUUAUGCCCGGCUACUAAUCCUUGACUACUGCUUGAGCAUUCCUGAAAGUUAUAAAACUUUCACGUGUCAGAAAUGGAUGUUGCUUCAAGUCGCUACUCCAGUAUUUAAGGAUAUAUUCCAGAGCCUUUUCCAGAU